AUGGUGGGUAUUACUGCUCUACGGGAUGUGCAACCGAACAAGGCAUGCUGGAAAGAGUUACCUAGUACAGUCCAGCUGAAUCAGCUAAACCAUGCCUUAAUGGAGACGGGACCAGCCAAUGAAUUUUUGGCAUCUGUUGGAACUACAGUUCUCACCAGGAUGGAUUUCCUUACUUUAGGGCACCAACGUGAAGUAGAAGCAACAGAUAUUGCUGACCUUCAGGGCAUAAUGGUCCAUGUCUUUAAUUCAUAUGUGACAGUGACUUGGUUGCCACCCUUGUGCGCAGACCCAAUGUGCAAUGUUCCUGUGAGUAUCAUUGUUUUGUGA